CCCGGCAGCAGGCUCCGGGGCUAUCGCUGGCGGUUCCCGGGUGAGUCCCGGCGAACGGACCACGGGGCCGUCGGCUACUCACUUUACGGCAUUUUCCGCGAGCGCCGCACACUGCGAGCCGGCCCCGGCGUCACUUUACGGCAGCUCCUGGCCAUGGCGUCCGGGGGGUUUGAAAGUGAGCGGAGCCUGGAGGCGCGGAAGGAGCGGAGGCGGCGGGAGCGGGAGGCGCUGCUGGUGCAGGCCAAAGCUGAUUACGAGAAGGACGAGAGACGCAAAGAACUCAAGCGGCUGCGAGGUGAGGAUACAUGGAUGCUUCCUGAUGUGAACCAACGUGUGGAAGAGCUCGAAAAGGAACAUUCUGUGAAGAAAAAGAAGAAAAAAGAUAAACACUCAAGAAAACUUAAGAAAGAAAAGAAGAAAAGUAAAAACCAAAAAUUUGAAAAAAAUGAUGAUUCAAGUGAUAGCUCUUCAGAUUCUUCAGUUGAAUGGGUUGAAUCAACUAUAUCACAGUCAAUUUGCACAGAAAAGGCUUGGAAAGUCAAGAAGGAGCAGUCGGAUGCUACAGAAAAUCCUGCAGUUCAGAGGGAUGAAUGGAUGACCUUAGAUUUUAUGUCUCUGAAAACCACAUCUGCAGCAUCACUCAAAGCUGAAAAAGAGACUGAAAAGUUAUUGGAGCAACAGAAAGCCCAAGCAAUUGAACAGUCUAGAAUUUCUGAAAGAGAGCUGAACCCCUACUGGAAAGAUGGUGGAACAGGUUUACCGCCAGAAGAGGGUGAAGCAACUUCAGUUAAAAAAGUUAAAAUGGUGGAAGAUGGUGGAUUAAGUUGGUUAAAGAAAUCCUAUCAAAGGAUGAAGGAGCAGGCUGAGAGAGAGAAACGAAAUUUUGAGGAAAUUGUAGCUGAAAGAUAUGGGUCAGUGGAAAUAUUUCAGUCAAGAUGGGAAGAAGCUGAAGAAGCUGCAUCAAAACAGGAAAAUGAAUAUAGAAAAAGAAGAUGGAGGAAAUUUAACUAUUCAGAGAAUGAGCAAAAAGAGAGAGAGCACCACAUGGAAAAAGAAACACAAGUUGAAGGUGACAGAAUCAAGGGUAUGUGUAAAGGACAUUCUAGAGAUAGGCAUAAUAAGGUAUAUCCACUGGAAGAAAGAGAUUAUAGAAAAGACAGGCCAAGAGAAGAACGAGAAUAUAGACAUUGUAGCACAGACUCUGAGUUCAGAGACAAUUGUUCCAAAGCAGCAAAACAUUCUGAUGAAAAACGAAGUCAGGAGACAGUUUCCUCUCUAAGCAAUUUGAAAUAUAAAUUUUUGAAACCUUCUGAAGAUGAUUUGUCAUCCGUUAAUAAAGACUGCAAGCUACAGCAAUCCUCGUUAAAACUACCAUCUUGUAGCUUUUUGAGCAGCAAUUUCCAAAAACCUGGUAAGGAAAGUGAAGAAAAAACACCGUGGAGCAGAACACAUAUAGAAGAUGAAAAUGAGAAACCAACAUUAGAUCAAAAGCCAUUGAAAAUGGAAAAAACUACUUAUGAGGGAGCUCCAAAGACUGAAAGAGAGAAGACACAGGAAGAGAACUUUGGAAACACCCCCAAGAAGAAAGUGCUAUUGCCAGACAGCAAAGCAUCAUAUUCUGGACAUACUUCAACGGAUGGGACUUCCCAGGUCCUUAGUGAAGAGGAGAUGAACAGACUGGGAGCCAAGAUUGUGAAAGCAGAACUGAUGGGAAAUUUGGAUUUAGCUUCAAAGCUUCAAGCCCAGCUUGAAAAUGCACGUAAACUAAAAGAAAGUAGAACAGAGACUCCUGCAAGACAACCUGAAAAGGAGGCUACAAGCUUGCAAGAAGACCAUGAAGUGAUCCUUGUCAGAACAGAUCAAUCUGGAAGAGCAUGGCCUGUGAACACAAUGGCAGAACCACUGGAGCCGAAAGGAGGAAGACGAAAGAGACAGAUGGGUGCUACUCACAUAGAUAAAGAAAGGGUCAGAUACUUUCAGGAUGAUGAUGAUCUGAGCCUGAAGGAUUUGGUCAAAAAUGAAAAGAUGAGAACAGCAGAGGAUCAAAACUCACUAUUCAUGCGAAUGGCAUCAAAGUUUGCAGAAAAAACUGAUAGAGAGUACUACACACUGGAUGACAUGUUUGUUUCCAAAGCAGCUAAGGGAGAGCGGAGUGGAGAAGAAGACGAAAGACACAGAAGAAAAGCAAUCUAUGAACAUCAUCAGCUUGUUGCACGUAUGGAGAAGUGCCCAUAUUGUUUUGAUAGUCCUGAACUUCCAAAACAUCUUAUUAUUGCAAUUGGCAUCAAGGUAUACUUAUCCUUGCCGAACUAUCAGUCCCUCACUGAAGGCCACUGCGUGAUAGCCCCUUUGCAGCACCACACUGCUGCAACACUUCUGGAUGAAGACAUCUGGGAAGAAAUCCAGAUGUUCAGAAAGGCCUUGGUAAAGAUGUUUGAAGCUAAAGAAUUGGAUUGUGUCUUCCUAGAGACAAACAUGAGUAUAAAGAAACGAUAUCAUAUGGUAUAUGAAUGCAUUCCCCUCCCAAAAGAACUGGGGGAUAUGGCUCCCAUCUACUUUAAGAAAGCUAUACUGGAAUGUGAUGAAGAGUGGUCCAUGAACAAGAAGUUGAUUGAUCUUUCUUCAAAAGAUGUCAGGAAGUCUAUUCCUAGAGGCUUGCCCUACUUCUCUGUGGACUUCGGCCUUCAAGGAGGCUUUGCUCAUGUAAUUGAAGAUCAGCACAAGUUCCCUCAUUAUUUUGGAAAGGAAAUAAUUGGUGGCAUGCUGGACUUGGAACCAAGGCUUUGGAAAAAAGGAAUUAGAGAGAACUUUGAUGAUCAGAGGAAGAAAGUGUUGCAAUUUGCACAGUGGUGGAAACCAUAUGAUGUCACCAAAACUAAAGAAUGAAUCCUUUACCCAACUGGAUGAAUCCAAAAGAGAUGUUGAGAGUGACAGAAAUCAAGGACAGUAUAUACUCUAAAUUAUUUUUUAAAGGAUAUUUCAUAUUUUAAGUAAAACACAGGUGUUUUAUGUGUUGCUAGUAAACAUUCUAAAAAUUAGAAAUACUGUUAAACUCCAGACUGUCCAUACGCUCAUCUUUUUUUCACACCACAUAUUUGACAGAUGAAUCAAACUAAACUGUAAGCCAAUGGAUCAGAAAUGUACAGAAUUGUUUUUGUAAACUAAGCCAAUAAAAAGGUCAACAUUUGCAUGCUAGUUAAAUUCAGCAAAAUGCAAUUCCGCUUUUGUAUUUUUCUGAUCUCUGAAUUGGAGUUACUUAUCUUCUAUUUAGCACAAAGUCAAUAUUUAAUUAUUUGAAUGACUAUAUUUUCUGAUAGUGAUUUAAUCGUAAGGACAUUUUGAAUAAUACACUGUUAAAUUAGGAAUAUUUAUUGGAAUUUUUUGUUUCUAUUUUUAGUCCCUCUGCUCUUUCAGAUGAAGAUCAUUACAUAUAUUGGACACCAGUGCACUCUGCGGGUGAAAUUCACCUCGGCCAGAGGGCCUGUAAUAAGGCUUUAAGUCUCACUUAAGCUUUCAAAGCAGGAUUUAUGUGAUUGACAGGCCCUGUGCUGGCCUAUGCUCAGAAUGGAACAGUAUUUGUGAACUGUGUUGAAAUAUGGUUCAAGCAGGCUUCCCACUGAACCGUUUUCUUAUACAGUUCAGCUUGCUAUCGUGACCCAGUCAGGCUAUGAAAUGGAUCACUGAGAUUCAAAGGACUAUAGAAAGUAUUGGUAUUUCAUUAGAUAAACUUUUGAUGGGUUAAACAGUCACAAUAAUUAGUGUAUUCCUUUAACAUUCAUUUUCUUUUUGUACAACAUGAGUCAUACAGAAUAAAGUAAGCAUGACCCAGUUACACAAAUGUGGUAUGUCAAUUAUUUUGUACAGUAAUCUUGCAAAUCUGUCUCAUUGUAUUGCUGCUGAGAAGAUCAUUUUAUAAAUAAACUGCCAUCUUUGUUUUAAUAACUAA